AUGCGAAUCCGGAUGCCGGCGUCUGGCCGGGCUGCUGGCAAUCCCCGGCCACGUCCUCUUCGUCGAGUCCCAGCCCGCCCUCUCUCCACCGGGGCCUCCGUCCGAGGCCGCGCGAAGCCCUCCCGCGUGCGCGAGAUGGGGGACCCGAGCAGCGCCCCACCCGGCAGCGGGCCGUCGACCUCCCUCCCCCCGCGGAGAGGCCCAACGAGGACGGGAGGCGCGCGGUCCCCAUCGAGCAGCGACCUGCCCCACAACGACGGCCCAGCGCCGCCCCGGCACGUCGUCCUCGGGCCCUCCCCGUAUGGCCCGCGUGGUGCCGAUCCUGCGCCGUAUCGCUCCUCUGGGGGCCCUCCGCCCCGGCUCCUGCUCGUGUCCUACGCGGACACCCGCCGCCGCCGCCCAAACACGCAAUCGGCAAGCCAAAGCACCAGUGCCACAGCCCAAGCUCCGCCCACGCCAACGACAAGCGAAGAUUGCGCACCUCCUAGCCCCAGCAGCGACGGCGAGUGCACAGCGCGCCCGGGGAAACCCUGGCGGUCACGCGCAGAGCCCACGCUAGGACACCGACACCGGCGAAAGCGACCCCCGCCCUCCCUUGUUCACCGCAAGCGCAGGGGACGGCGUGCGGCCGAGCAGCGCGCGCGCCCCGCCCCGCUGCGCGCGAGGAGGACGCAUAUUGCGCGGGUGGCGCCGCGGUGGGCAUCGCGUCCGUGCGCAGGCCGGACGGUCGGGCCCGUCCCGUCCGCCCUCGUCCGCGGAGGUCGUCCCUGGGAGCCCGGCCACGCCUUAUCGAGCGAGGCGUGCGGUCUGCAGCGCUGUUCGCCCGCGCUCGCUCGUCCCCGUCCGAAUCCGUGCGAUAUUGCGGCCCCACGCUUCCUCGCCAUGGGCCCGCUCGUCGACGGCCAAUCCGCCGCCUGCGCUUGUACCCACGCGUCGACAUCACGCCCGUGUCCGUUAGACUGCCCAGAUCCUCGUCCUCCUCCUCCUCGUCCACGCGCCGCGCCAAACCCUCCAGGCGCGCGCCGUCCACCGCCCUCUAGUGCGCCCCUCCGCCAUCUCUCCGGCCGCUCCUCGUUCUGCUCAUCGCGCCCAGCAAGAGCCCCAGGUACCACCACCACCACUGACCGCCACCGCACGCGCCUCGGUGCGCCCGCCCGCCCGCGGCCUACGCACUGCCGAUCGCACGACGCCGUCCAGGCCACCUCCGCACCGCUCACCGCUCACCACACCCCCGACGCGGCGGCACGCCCGCGCCCCGCUCGACCCAAAUCGCGAGUGGCGCACGACCCAUGGGCUGCCACCACCCGCGCCCGGGCCCUGUGCGCGCAAUCCCCGGUCGACGCGUUCACUUGCGGAUGGGGCGGGGGGGGCGAUGAAUCGAUGACGCUCGGCGGGAGCGGGCGGGGGUGCGCGCGCGCUGCGCAUCGCAUUAAUCGCAUUGCUUCGGAGGCGAAAGUAUGCCGCAGGGUCGUCGCGCGAGCACCGAGGACGGAGAACCGCGACGUUCUGGAUCGCGCGAGCGCACGCUCGGCACGGGACCCUGAAUCGCGCAGGGCAUCGGGGGAAGUGUUUGGGGCUCAGGCUCGGGUCUCAGGGUGCGCGUUCGACGUGGCCGCGCGCGGAGGGGGGCGAGUGCGGGAUUGGCGCGACGCCAGGGAAGAGUGCGUAAGUUGCGGCUCGAACACCCAGCGCCCUGAGCCAACGUAUUUCGCCGCGUUCAGACGACCGACGCCGACAUUGUCCUGGUUUCGCGGCGCGAGGGCGCGCAGAUUGAGUGCAGAUACCGUUGCCCCGCGCGCGCGCCACGGGUGCACGGGGCACACUAGAAUCCCCCCCGCGCGCGCUGGCGGGGGCGGGUGCUGGAGCGGAGCCCGCGGAGAAUGGGAGGAACGUCGAGCUCAGCGCAGCGGAGUCGCCGUCGGGGCUCGGGAGCGCAAGGGCUUGGGAGAGGCUGAGGAGCCAGGACAGCUUCACGCUCGCGCGCGCGCUCUAGGGCACGCCGAGGCCGGGGGACACGGGGGCUGA